UAAGUCACUGUUUGUAUUUCCGUCAUACAGUAGAAGCAGAAGUUGAUGAUGCAUAGAGUUCUAACAAAACACUAAAUUCAUAUUAUGGUCUUAAAAGACUAUAACUAUACAAAAUUUGUGCCCGUUAGAAAUUAUAUAAUUAAAUAUAUGUAAAACAUAAUGUGCAAUUACAGCUAGAUGAAGUACUUCAUAUCAUAAAAAAUGAUACGAUAAAACAAAGAUAAUCGCAACCGAUAACGGCAUCUUUUGUUUCAUAUUGAAUUACAUUUCUCAUUGUUAAAUCUAAAGAGCUAAGAAAAUGUCAAUAAUGGAAAUGUUUCAUUUAACUCAUCCUGAGGUACUGUCAGAACCUGAGCUUCGGGAAAUCUUAGAAAAUUGUUGCAUCGACUUUAAUAAUUAUAAACAUUUAUCCAGAUCUCAGUUAAUAGAAUUAUACAAACGUGUGGCAAUGCCUUUGCCCAAAAGAGAAGAUGAAAAUUCUGAAAAUUUGGAUAAUAAAAAGAUUAAUGAUCAAGAGAAAAAGAAUUCUGUAGAUGAUUGUCAGAGAGACAUAGCUUCAUUAAAUGGUACACAUAAUACAAAAAGAAGUAUAAGUGAAAUAAAAUCAUCUCCAUCUUCUUGUGCGACAAAACCAAAAUCUCCUGUGAAUGAAUUUAAACAAACAUCUAAGAAGAUACGUUUAUGUAAUUCAAACAAUCUGAGAGAUUUCAAUGAUUCUGAUAAACGUAUUAAUGAUGGGAAGCACGAUGAAGCUCCAUCAAAGAAAAGACAGAAGAUUACAUGGCCAUAAUAGUAUUAUAUUUUUAAAUAAUAAUAAUGUAUAAAGAUUAUUUUCAUAAGAACAUGCUUGUUGAUCUCGUUAGCUGUGAGAAAUCGUAUCCAGAAAUCUGCACAAAUUAAUCUAACUAACUUCANGUAAU